UAUGAGGGAUUAUUGAUUAUUUUCUCGGAAUUAACUUUCGGAAUACUAUAUGAGUUUGUACUUCGUCUGAAAUUUCGUCCGUCAAUUUAGCAACUAGUGGUUUACGUGUUCUGUAACGCAAGAAAGUAGAUCACCGAAAACAACAUGGCGGAUACGGAUAUCGCCGUACAAGAUUGAGGAAUAAUUUACAGCAGUAUAUUUUGAAUUGGACAGUGCCAACUUUUCACAAUGUGUAUGAGGCAGUCUGACCCUACAUAAAGUACAGCAUGGCAGAGAAUCUGACUUCUUUCCUCCUAUCCAGUGGGAAAUAGAAAAUGUGUUGAUUGUUUAUAUCUACAUGGAGAAAAUGUAGAGAUAUUGUAUACAUAUCUUGUGAAUAGCUAUAUAUAUUGCAUGUAAUCUGGAUUUAAUUGUCUUAGACAAAAUAUAUUCUAUGAAUAUUGUGAUUUUUCGGCCCACAAUCACACAUGAUAAACGGACGAAAGAGACAAGAGCCUCGGAGGCCUCUUGUCUUGCAGGAUGAAAAGAGAGAGAUUUUAAAGUCAUUACGUGACAGUCUAUCAAAAACGACUGGUACCGGGCAAAAUAAUAAUAAUGUAACAAAAGCGCGUGAAUCACCAGAUAGUUACGGAAUACAGACUCGCCAUGAUAGUGUUUCGUCUGGAAGCACACCAGGGUUGACAAAACCUAGCUCUAAUGCUCAAACAAAGAAACAAAAUAGUUACAAAACAAAAGCUUUGCACGAGAUUCGAGAAACAUUGAAACCGUAUAAAACUGAUUCAGGGAAUUCAAGUCUGGAGUCCUCUCAAGAUGGGUCUACUACAACAGAAUUUAACAAAACAGUGAUACAGCAUUUGGCACCAGGCAGUAACGAGGAGAAAGCACGAUCCUUGUUGAUAUCGGGCGGCAAAGAUUUGGAGUCGGCAAUAGACACAAUUCACAGGCUGCAACUUGACGGCAAAAAUGGCAUUUCUAAAACGGGUUUGAACAUAAGACCUCGACGGAAGCACAGUGUAGAUACUGCAAGUCCAGGCUCAGAUAGUGCCAGUACGCGGUCAGAGAGUCCAGGUCUCUCAUCGGGACCCGGAUUUCCAAGAGGUAUACCAGGGCCGCAGUCUUCACGUAGUCAAACACCUGUCACUGCUUCCCGUGUUCUUAGUCCAACAAAUGUUCCAGUUAUGGUGAACGGAACUCAGACGCCACCCCCAGUUCCCCCUCGGCUGCCAAUGGGAGUGUCUGCUAGUAGCCUUCAGGGUCAGUCACCUAUGAAUUCUGAUGCAAGUUUUAACUCCACUCAAGGUGCAGUAACUCCGACUGUCUCCCAGUCAACUCCCCACUACCAAACGAGUAGUCAAACUAAGAUGGUUCCGGUAUUUUCUUCACCAGGGUUUUCACCAUUUAACAUGGAACAUAGUAUAGCCAAUGUUUCUAGUGCAGUGAUACAGACUUCCACACCAAAUAUUCAACGUGUUGUAAGUUCACCUGUUGUUCAGCAUCAACAACCUGUGCAACAGUUAUCACAGAAUAUUGUACAGGUUCGUGGAGGCCAUCAGAACGUGACAAUAAAGUACCAGCACCGGCAGCCCCCUCCGCCUUACGGCCAUCAAGGGCCAGGAAGUCAGCAAAAGGCGUCAACGGUUAUGAUACGUCCUGCUGAUCAGUCUCCAUUGCACCGGCAAAAUUACCAGAUUCAAGUUAGCUCACAUUCACUAGAACAGCACAGUAUGGAGAGCAUGCAGAUACAGCCGGGUCAAGGUCAGCCGGCAUGGGCAGCAGGUCAGCCACCUAUUAUUAUGCAGCAAGUUAACAGUCGUGAAGUAAAGAAACCCGUCUUACAGACUGCAACAACGCCGCUUUCACCUCUGAUGCAACAGCAGAGUCAGAAAUUUAUCUCAUCAGUUGAAACGCAUAUUAAUAGCUCACCUGUACAACAACAGCAGCAACAUGUAGCAAAAGGAAAAUUUCAGAUUCAAAUAACUGAUGUUAAUAAUGGGCAGUUAAUAUAUCCCAAUGGAGACAGAGUAACACCUGAGCAAUAUCAACAUCAUUUUCGAGGACAUGGUGGUCAUAAACCUGUGAUACAAAUCCAGUUAAAUCCUCAUCAACAGUAUGCAUACCCCUAUACAAAUAUAGACCAUAAUAUAAUGAUGCAGCAAGCAAAUGAUACACCCAUAUCAACGCCACGCUCAGGUUCACCUAUGUCUAUUUCUCGAAAUACGAAUCAGUCACCAAUGUCAAUAUCAUCAAACCCUUCAACAAGCUCUGACAUUCCAGAUCGGCCUCCGCCCCCUUACCCUGGUCCAGGCAGACCAUUAAAUCUCACAAACAACCUUGUACCAGGAAACCCGGUACCCAUUGUUCAACCCAUUCCGCAGAACCCAGUUACAAUGGGUUUUCCUCACCCACAAAUAGUGCGGUCACAGCCUGCAGCUAUACAGCAUGGAAUGGCAACCAAACCGCAAGGACAUCCGCUGCCGCAGCAGAUGCAACAAGAUCAGCCACCAUUACCUCCUCGCAUUCCGAUAAACCAAAGUAAACCACCUCCUCCACUACCACCAGUUGAUCAACAAGAAGAAUCUCAACCCCCGCUCCCUCCGAAACCUCGAAAAACUCCAAAUAUUGAAAGUGAAGGUGCAUCGCUAGAACAAAAUGACAAUGAUACUGAUGUUGAAACUAUGUCUACAACAUCAGAUAUGAGUACAUCAGAUAACAAACGGACUUGCACCUCACCCAUUCCGGAACGUAAACCAGAUUCUGAGGAAAAGGAAAUUUUAAGAAGAGACUCCUCAGUACGCAAUUACUCUCCACAAGCAUAUAAAUUUUUUAUGGAGCAACAUGUUGAAAACUUGCUGAAAAAUUACACCCAGCGACAAACUAGAAAAUUACAGCUGGAAAAAGAAAUGGCAAAAGCUAAUCUUUCGGAUGAAGCACAGCUUCAGAUGAGACGAAUGUUGCAACAGAAAGAAUCGAACUAUAUCAGAAUGAAACGUUCAAAAAUGAACAAAGACAUGUUUGAAAAAAUAACAACUUUAGGUGUUGGUGCUUUUGGUGAAGUCCACUUGGUACGUAAGAAAGAUGUCAUGCAGCUGUAUGCAAUGAAAACGUUGCGUAAAAUGGAUGUGUAUAAGCGAAACCAAGUGGCACAUGUGAAAGCGGAGCGUGAUAUUCUUGCGGAAGCUGACAAUGAAUGGGUGGUGAAGUUGUACUAUUCGUUCCAAGAUCGCGAUAAUUUAUAUUUUGUGAUGGAUUACAUUCCAGGUGGGGAUUUAAUGGGAUUACUGAUCAAAUUUGGAAUUUUUGACGAACCUCUUGCAAAAUUUUACAUUGCAGAGUUAGUGCUAGCCAUAGAAAGUGUACAUAAAAUGGGAUUUAUACAUAGGGAUAUUAAACCUGAUAAUAUUUUAAUAGACAAAAGUGGACAUAUCAAACUUACAGACUUUGGAUUGUGCACGGGCUUCCGAUGGACCCAUAAUUCCAAGUAUUAUCAAAAAGAUGGCGUCCACAAUCGGCAAGAUUCUAUGGACGUUAAUUGCUCGGAAUCACCAAUGUCCAUAGAUUGUCGAUGUCAGAAAAUCAAGACGUUGGAGCGGAGGAAACAACACAAGAAGUGUCUGGCACAUUCCUUGGUUGGCACGCCAAACUACAUUGCUCCUGAAGUGCUGCUCAGGCAAGGUUACAAGUCUUGUUGUGAUUGGUGGAGUGUGGGUGUCAUCCUGUAUGAGAUGUUGGUUGGACAACCACCUUUCUAUGCUCAAACCCCACAAGAAACACAGUACAAGGUUAUACACUGGGAGCAGACGUUAAAAAUUCCGCGCGAGGCCAAUCUUUCACAGUCAUCAAAGGACCUAAUUGUCAGACUGUGUUGUGGUCCUGAUGAAAGACUCGGGAAGAGUGGUGCGGGUGAAAUCAAAACGCAUCCAUUCUUUGCACAUAUUCAGUUUGAAGGACUUCGAAAACAGCCAGCGUUAUACAAACCAAAAAUUCGCCAUGCAAUGGACACGUCAAAUUUUGAUCCCGUGGAAGAACGGGAAGAUGACAGUGAUUCGGAAAAUGAGAUGAGGAAUUUAGACCACCCCUUAAAUGGAAAGUUUCCAGAACAUGCAUUCUUUGAAUUUACAUUUAAGAGAUUUUUCGACGAUGCUGGUCAUCCGUACCCAACUGCAAAAUACGUGGCGGAAAGAAAUGAACGAACUGAAGAGAAAAAACAAGAUACAGAAUCAAACGGAGAAUCAAACUCACCUGUCUACGUGUAGCAUAUGCUCAAUAUAGUAAAAGGUCAUUUUCCUGUAUGAAGAUUUUUGCUCAAGAAGUAGUAGUAGUAGAAUGAAGGAAAAAAUGUCUUGGGUUGUGCAAUGUAUUCACUAGCGAUAGCAGUUUAAUGAAAUCUUCAGUAGCUUUCAUUUUGUUAUUUUAAGUUACUGAAAUGAAAUAUUUAACAACCCAAAUAUAGAAGUGAAUUGUGUUCAAAGCUGUUCAUCUUAAUGCAUUUUUUGUUACCUCACAGUCGAUGAUGUUUUAGUCAUUCUUUUAUUCUUAGUUUUUGUGUUUUAUAAAUUUGUAAACAAUGUUUUACAUAGUGUCACAGUUCAAACAUAAAUAAACACAUUUUUUAUCUGAACCUAAUUAAUUAUAAAGGGUACGCAGCAUGCAUAGAUGUUUAAUUAUUAACCCAUUCAUGAAUUAUAAUCUAUGAAAGUAUUCAGAUUAAACUUUUAUGCAAAAUAUAAACAGUAGAUUUGAAAAUGGCGGUCAUUUGCAAAGAAUUCUUUUGAUUUAAAUAUGAAAAAAUGUAGACUGGCUUACACUAUUUUCUUGCUUUUGUAUAAAUGAAAGAAUAACUUCCUCAAAAGAGGAAGUCUGUGUCAAGUUUAUAUCUGUUUGCUAAGCUUUCUGUAAGAUUUCUGGUGAUAGAAAUUGUAUGUCAAGCUGGAUGGCUGUUUUAAGUUUGCAUUCAAUGCAGUGUGUUCAAAUCUAUGUGUAUUUGUCUUCGAUUUUUAAUUGACAUCUUUUUUUUCUAAAAAUGAAAUCUAGAGACAAGAAAGUGGAAUGUAAAUUGCUUAAUGAACUUGACAUAUUAUCUUUAAUACAAAAUAUGUAAUACACUUCAUAAAAUGUGCUUGUGCUUGUAUAAUUUUUGUAUUUUUUUCUUUUUACAUAAUGAGAAUCAAAUUUCACAGCUGAUGUAAGACGCAGACCCUCCCUCACUUCUAAGUCAAAAAAAAACUAGGUUCUAAUAAGUGUCCAGAGUAUUUUUGAAGUGAUGUUCAUAUAAACCAAACCCACUUCAUUUGCCACAAUUUCCAGAUUGUUUUUAGCUACCCUGCUAAAUUUCUAUAAUGAACUUGUCCAUCUUUCAGUUUGGACAGUACCAUUAACUGUUAAAAGGGGUGCUUACCAAAAAGAUACUGUCUGAAUAGCGAACAGUGCAGAUCUUGAUCAGAUUGCAGGGAUGUUCAGGCCUGAAUAGUGAACAGUGCAGAUCUUGAUCAGACUGCAUGGAUGUGCAGGCUGAUUAUGAUCUACAAUGGUCGCAAAGGCAGAAUCAAAUUUGUCCAGCAUGAUAAGGGUUAGUGCAUAAAUAAAACCUUGGCAUUUCAGUAGCAUGUGUAACUGUGUGGUAGAUAAAGUACAUAAAGCAUACCCUAAAUAGAUCAGAUGCAUUUAUUUGUCAGCAGCGUGUGGGGGUGUUAAUCAGUUACAAAUGAUAGAUGGGUUUAUAUUAUGGCUAAAUAAUCAGUUUAUAAAAGGGCAUAAAAUGUUGGCGAGAAAUGAAGAAGAUUUAUUAACAGUGUGAUAAACAAACCGGCUGUUUAGCAGACAACUGGUGCAAGAGUGUAACUUUAAAACUUCUGGUAUUAGUGUUUCAUUGAUGUCGAGUAUUUGAUUUCUUAAAAGUUGAGGGUUUUUCAGCAAUCUCUGGUAGUACUUUUACAGUAUUACACUUAAAGAAUCCUAAUGCUUUGAAACUUUGCAAGGAAUUAACAUUCAUUGUUUCAGAUUCAGUUUGCUUAUUUAAGGUAUGGAUCUAGGAUAUGACGACUUUUAAUAAUACAGUAUGAAAAAAAAUGAAUUGAUAUAUUCAAACAUCUGGUUUUUACCAGCCAAAGAAAAUUAUGCACCUACCCCUACCCCCUCAGUACUAUCAAUAUAUGUUAAUUCCUGGAUAUGUCUAUAACUUUUGUACAGUUUAUAUAUUACACUAUAGUUUUAGUAAAUAGAAGGUGACCUUUUACUAUGUAUAGUUAGACAGAAGUUUGUUGAGGACUUGGGUAACAAGCUUUUGUGGUGCCUUAAAAUAUAGCGUAACUAUGGAAACUAAGAUUUUACUUUGUUAUAGAAAGUUAAUUUUAGUCGAAGAAAGCACUAUGAAAUAUAGCAUUUUCUACAAAAUGUGAGAGAAAUUUAAAGUUGUUUACCAUACAGGAGUGAUAAUAGAUUGAUAAAGUCUGAUUUAAUGGAAGUUUAAUUGAUAAAAAUUGAAGGAAAAAAAACUUGUUUCCAUGGUUACUUAUUUGCAAUAUCUGUGAUAAUUUACUAUGAAUCUGUUACUGUACAGUGUUAUACAAAUAAUUUAUAGAUGAAACUUUUGAACAUUUACCAAAGUAAUCACUGAACGAUUAACACAUCAAGUCUGUUGUUGAUACAAGAUUCAGAUGUGCACAGUCAUUCAGAGUCCAGUGUUUUAAAACUGAAGUUUGGAACCAGUCUCAGAACCCCGGCAUCUGAUUGGUGGAUUUUGAACUCAGUUUUGAAAUUGACCAAUGAAAAAGCUGCUGUUUGAGACUGGUCUACAAACUCAAGUUUUAUAACCUUAGACCCAAUUGUAAAUGUAUGCCCCAACACUAACUCAGGGCUAUGCCAAGAAAGUACAUAUCCUUUAUUGAUUUACAACUUUGCAAAACAUUUAGAAUUACAGAAUACCAGCUAAUUUUUUUUUCAUUUCCAAUACAAUUGCACAUAAUUUGAACAAAAUGCAACAAACACAUUGGUUAAAUAGCAUUACAUUUAUAUCUAAAAUAAAAUGAUAAGACUUUUUGCCACAAAUAAAUUGGUGAUAUUUGUUAGCCCACCAUCAUCAGAUGGUGGGCUAUUCAAAUAACUCUGCGUCCGUGGUCCGUCAUCCUUCCGUCCGUCCAUCCUCCUUCCGUCCGUUAACAAUUUCUCAUUAUCGCAUCUCCUCAGAAACUACCAGGGGGAUUUUGUCCAAACUUUGUCAGAAUGAUGUAUUGAUACCCUAUUUGUGUCCCCCUCAAAAUCAGACUGGUUCAACAAUUCUUUAGUGAGUUAUGGCCCUUUGUUUAUUUCUAUAAUUUACAUAGAUUUAUAUAGGGAAAAACUUUGAAAAACCUCUUGUUCAAAACCACAGGACCUAGGGCUUUGAUAUUUGGUAUGUGACAUCAUCUAGUGGUCUUCUACUAAGAUUGUUCAAAUUACCUCCCUAGGGUCAAAUAUGGCCCCACCCCGGGGGUCAUAUGGUUUACAUAGACUUAUAUAGGGGAAAACUUCGAAAAUCUUCUUGUCCAAACCACAAAGCCUAGGGCUUUGGCAUUUGUAUUGUAGCAUCAUCUAGUGGUUCUCUAUCAAGUUUAUUCAAAUUAUCCCCCUAGGGUCAAAUAUGGCCCCGCCACGGGGGUCACAUGGUUCAUAUAGACUUAUAUAGGGAAAAGCUUUCAAGAUCUUCUUGUCAAUAACCUACAAAAUUCAAAUUUGGACCACAUGUAUAGUUUUGAGUGGCAAGAUGAACCUUGACAUGAGUUGACCUUGAUUUUGACCUAGUGACCUACUUUCACAUUUCUGUAGCUACAGCCUUCAAAUUUAGACCACAUGCAUAGUUUUGUGCACUGAAAAGAACUUUGACCUUGACAUUGACCUAGUGACCUACUUUUACAUUUUUGAAGGUACAGGCUUCAAAUUUGGACCACAUGCAUAGUUUUGUGUUCCGAAAUGAAAUUUGACCUUGAUUUUGACCUAGAGACCUACUUUCACAUUUCUCGAGCUACAGCCUUCAAAUUUAGACCACAUGCAUAGUUUUGUGUACCGAAACAAACUUUGACCUUUACAUUGACCUAGUGACCUACUUCCACAUUUUUGAAGGUACAGUCUUCAAAUUUGGACCACAUUCAUAGUUCUGUGUUCCGAAAUGAAAUUUGACCUUGAUUUUGACCUAGUGACCUACUUUCACAUUUCUCCAGCUACAGCUUUCAAAUUUGGACCACUUGCAUAGUUUUUGUACUGAAAUAAACUUUGACCUUAAGAUUAACCUAGUGAUCUACUUUCAAAUUUCUCAGACUACAGCCUUCAAACUUGAUGCACAUGCAUAUACUAAGUUUUGUGUACAAAGAACUUUGUCCUUGAAAUUGAUCUAGUGACCUACUUUCACAUUUCUCAAGCUACAGCAUGCACAGUGUUGUGUACGGAAAUGAAAUUUGACCUUGAGCUAGUCAGUAAGUCUUAAAAUUUGGAACACUCAAAAAUGGCACAUUGGUGGGCGCCAAGAUCACUCUGUGAUCUCUUGUUUUCUCUUGUUUUGAAGGAUUUAUCAUUAUUACUCUUCCACUCACUAGAGCAAACCAUGUAACCCAAGCAGUUUUAUUUGCUAUGUUUGGAUCGUUUAGAACCUUGGAAAUUUUUAGCAUUUUCUUCAUCCCUUGCGAAUUUGAAUGAUCAGUGUUGCAUUGUUAAUCUCUAAUAUCUAAAUUGAAAAAAAAAACAACACUAUUUUCUUAGGUCUUAAUGAUUUAACUUUUUUUUUCCUGUUGUUAAUUUCUUUCUAACUUCUUAUCAAGGUAAUGAAGAUGCAAAAAAUUGAAUGAUUUUAUUAUCUGCUUGUGUGCAAUUGUUAAACUACAAGAAAAUAAAAGAGCGAAAGUCUCCUUGAAAAGUUCAAAAGUUUCAUGAUUGUUUAACAAACAUGUAUGAGCCAGUAGUGAAAAUUUACAGUUUGCAUAAAAGAGCAUAAAUUGUCUAAAUUUUAAUAUAACUGUCAGGUGAAAGAUGCAUUGGUAUAAAGUUAAUUGUGAUAGAUUUGCAUAUAUGUAAUAAACAUUUUAGCUUCUUCAGACACAGUUUAUUGUUGCCACUUGAUAAAAUUAUGUAAAGUUAACUUUUUGACAUUUUUUUUGUAUAAUGUGUUAUUAUGGCAAUAUGACAGUUGGUGUUUUAAUUCAAGGCUGUGGUAUUUCUAAAGAAGAAUUGAAUUUUACUGGUGGUAUAAAUGUUCUGAAACAGAACAUAUACAAUGUAUUAAUGAGCAGAUUUAUGGAAACUUAAAUUUUAACAGCUUUAGGCAUUUAUAGAUAUUUGAGUUUACUGUGGAAAAUGAUUUUAUUUCUUCGGCAUAAAAUGUCACAGUUUGGGUAAUAAAAGACUAUUUCACAGGGAUUUCAAAUUUGAAAGAUGAAAUGAAUAGGUAUUGUAUUUAUUAAAUGCCAUUUAAUUUCAUGGGUUGGUGCAAGCAUGGAAUUCAUGAAAAGUAACCCCCACCCCCCACAGAUACACUUGAUUUAACAGUAUAUUUUACUAUUUACAUUAGAAUAGCAAUGUAUUAAUGUGGGUGACAGAUGAAAGAAAUGAUCAUAGCUCAGUUAUUUCAUGAUUAAGUAGUGAUGUGUCAAUGAUGUACGGAAAUUGCUUAUAAAUCACAAAUUGUCUUGCUAUGUUUAAGGAACGUUACAGAAAAUAGAAUGCGUAUACUGUAAAAAUCAUAAUUUAUGUUUAUCUUGCCAGUACAAAAUUGGUUAAAGGUAGUUUAUAGCUUGAAAUGGUAUCUGGAAUAUACUUAUUUUAUCAGUUGGGGCAUUUUUAAAUGUUUUGUAACUUUUAUACCAGAACAAAUGUUUUUAUAAAAGUUUUCAUGUUGUAAAACAAAUCUUAUGUUUUAUUGUUUGUAUUUAAUACUUUGUGUCAAGUUUUGUCACUGAGAACGUAAUUGUUACUGUAUAAAGUGUACAGUGUACAGACUCAUAUGUAAAUGUAUAUUAAGCCAUUGUACAGUUUCUUAGGCUUCGACCCGCUUGUAUAUUUUACCCCCCACCCUCCUUCAUUCCAUGGUGCACAUGUUAUAUCAUUGUUAAAUGUUACGUUAAUGUUGCAUCUUGGGUAAUAUGUAAAUUAGUUAUGUUUCUAUGGUGAUAGCUCACAAUGUAAAUAUUCUGCAUUAUAUAUUAUAUGUAAAGUUAUUUGAAGAUGUGGACAGGUAUAAAGAUGAAUGCGAAUUAUGUGUCAAAUAUUCAUAUACAUAAAAGGACUAAACCAAUAUCAUAAAUGAAAUAAAUAAAAAUAAAUUAAUAAUAAAAAAUACUAAAAUAA